CAGGGCGCGCUGCGUGCUGGAGAGCGGGUCGGCGCGGAGGCCAUGCGCCGCAGUGGUGCGUCGCCACACGCUAUUUUUCGCGGUUCCGAGAACGUGUUCUCGUUCUUUUCUCUCCCUCCCAUCGCUCGGCCCUCCGACGCCUCCGCGACCCACUCUUCCCCAUAUCAUGUCAGUCCGAGACGCGGAUCGGUCAGGAGGCCCGUCGCGUUCAUGUGCCUGGUCGCGAGCCCGCGGGACCGCUCGCAGGCAGUGACGGCCGCGGUGGCCUCUUAGAGCUGAGCAGCAAAGGGCCUCGCCGAGCCUCGCCCAGCGCCACUAUGACGUGGUCGUCUGUUCUGCCGCAGCCCAGCAUGGCCGGCCGAGGGAGCACGGCGCCCCGUCCAGACAUGGCGCACGUCCUGUUGGGAGUGGCGGUCGCCCUGUGCUCGCUGCUGCUCGUGGCCUGCGAGCCCAAGCCGGAGGCCGGCGGCGCGGCCGUCACCCGCCAGCGGCGCAGCGACGACUACGACAACAUGGACAACUUCCUCAUGGGCUCCAGCGACUACGACAACUUCUUCCUCAAAACGGCCAAGUCCGUGCCCAGGAUCGGACGGCGGAGCAGCGCCGGCGCCGCCGAAGAUCCGGAGCCCAUGCACGUGGACCGGCGCAGCACGGACGCCAACGAGCUGGUGCCGGCCUACGCCAACGGCUACGACCACUUCUUUCUCAAGGCGUCUAAGUCGGUGCCCCGCAUCGGCAAGCGGAACGACGAAUUCUUCAUGAAGACGGCCAAGUCCGUGCCUCGGAUCGGGCGCCGCUCCGGGGACGGUCCGGACAACUUUCUGCUCAAGGGCAGAGAUCAAAGCGACUUCCUCAAGACCUCCGGCGAGCCGCGCCUGCGCCGGUCCGGCCUCGUUGAGGCACUCCGAGGCCACCGGCUCGAGAGGAGGUCCCGCGCGCAGCAGGUGGAGGAGGCCGAGUGGCCCGCGCACGGCGCCCUGGGCGGCAACGACGCCGUCCUCGGCCGGCAGCACGCCACCCACCCCCACCGGAUCCAGCGGCGCAACUUCGACGAGCUGAUGGCCAAGGCGGCCAAGACGGUGCCCAGGAUGGGCAAGCGGAUGCACCCGGCGCUCGACGAGGUCGGGGACUGGGGCACGGAGCAGCAAUGGCCGUGGUUCCGCCAGCAGGACAACCAGCCGGGGCCGUAUAAGCGCGCCCCCAACCCAGCCGACCUCAUCGACCUGAGCCAGGUGCCGUGGGAGUCCCUCGACAUGUACUUGCGGCAGAUGGAGGCCCGGCGUGGACUCGGUGACGACGACAAGCACCUCCACGACGUGGUGCUGAUCGAGAGCGAGGCGGGCGACAAGGGCGACGAGGCGGUGGACAAGUGGGCCUAUAGCGUGGCGGACAAGAAGGACAACAAGGAGCUGGAGGAGGCGCGCUUCCAGCCGGACGUCAAGAAGAGAAAGUAAACGGGGCACGUCUUUGUUAUUAUUAUUUAUUGAGUUUAUUUAUUGAAUAGUUCGUAGGGUAUCGUAGAUAAACGGAGGGGGCGACACGGGAAGCGCGGAUAGCAGAGGGGCCUUGCAGUCGCCGUGGCUGGGGUCUGCACCCCAAACUGUGUCCGAGACGGGCUCUCGAGUAUUUUUCCGGUGCCUUUGGUUUCUUGGGUUAUCUGAUUCCCGGUUUGGGCAUACGACAAUAACUAGUAGACAAUACACCGCAGACAAUAAGCGCCAUCGCCGUCGAAUUAAUUGCAGGCGACAUUGCGCCCUCCCUGCAGUAUAUUUUUGUUACUAAGAGCCGUGGGUCUCAUUUCGUACUUGAGAUUGUAAAAUUAUUCGGAGGAAGACGCUUCAUGACACCAUCCGCGAGAUCCGAAACAAAGACUCUGCAACCCGCGCGUGGCGCCGCUGGAGCCUGGGCGCGCGAGCGGACUAUACCAGAGGCCGCGGGCAUGGCGGCGGCGCUACCCCGCGUGCCGAGCGCGGCGCGGUUCGGCCCGCCGCCGACAGAGCGCGGCACCGAACGGGAAGCGGGCGCGAAACUAUGACAAGUGUGUGUGGUGUGUAUGUGUGUCUUCCAAAUGUAGAAUCCCUUGAUAAUUAUGCAUGAUUUGCCACGAGCAUUUUUAAUUACCCGCGGGAAUUACCACUUCUGCCUUUACCUUUCACGAGGGAUACUUAGAAUGUGAGUUGGUGAAAUGAGAGACAAGCCGGACAAAAGGGUCCCGAGCAGACAUAUUUUCCUAGCCACAAGUGAAACCAACCCAACACUUUGAACUUGAAACGGGGUUGAACAAUAAAACUUUCAAAACUGA